CAACCUUCUAUUUCUCAUCACACAAUCCUUAGUCGGACAACCCAGCAACCAGACAUUCAACUGCCUGUGUGCCUCAGCCUCCAACAGAAACAACCAAAGAUAGGCCAACACACAAGUGCCUGCUUCUGUCUUUCUCUCACAUUCACAGGUGGCAAAGAGAAAAUGGCAGUGCAGAUGACAGUCCGAGUUUCGGCCACUGCAAGACUUUCUCUUCCUUCUCUUUCCUCUUCCCCUUCUUCUCCUUCACCAUCGGGAGCGUCAUCCACUAGCAAAGUUUCUUUGAAACCCCAAUUUAAACCCGUCUCUCUAUCACUGCCAACAUCGACAGCCAUCUCUCUAUUGGCUCUAUUUUCACCUCCCCAUGAGGCCAAAGCUGUCAGCCUUAGCAAAGAACAGAUAGUCUCAUCUCUCACUGAAGUGGAGAAAACAUUGAAUCAGGUUCAAGAAGCAGGUUCAACUGCCUUUGGUACUGUACAGCAAUUUCUUGAUUUUUUAGGGAAAGCAUUGAAGCCAGCCAUAGAUGCAGGGAUGCCUAUUGCACAAAAAGCUGGAGAAGAGGCAUUGAAGGCUGCUUCUCCAGCAAUAUCUGAGGCGUCGAAGAAAGCCCAAGAUGCAAUUCAAAGCACUGGCCUUGAUACUGAGCCAGUUCUCAGUGCUGCUAAGACAGUUGCUGAUGCUGCAAAACAAACUACAAAGGUGAUUGAUGCAGCGAAGCCUUUAGCUUCUUCAACUUAUGAAACCAUCACAUCCUCCGACCCCAUAACAAUUGUCGGAACUGCUGGUGCAUUAUUUGUUGCAUACCUCCUCCUUCCUCCCAUCUGGUCUGCCAUCUCCUAUAGUCUUCGUGGUUACAAAGGUGAUCUUACUCCUGCUCAAGCCCUUGAUUUAAUAUCUAUGCAAAAUUACAUUAUGAUUGAUAUUCGGUCAGAGAAGGACAAGGACAGGGCUGGUGUUCCCCGCCUCCCCUCUAGUGCUAAAAAGAGGAUGUUUGCAAUCCCUUUGGAAGAGUUGCCAAGCAAAUUAAAAGGAGUAGUGAGAAAUGCAAAGAAAGUGGAAGCUGAGAUUGCAGCCUUGAAGAUUGCUUAUCUCAAGAAAGUGAACAAAGGUUCAAACAUCGUCAUCUUGGACUCCUACUGUGAUUCAGCAAAAAUAGCUGCAAGAACAUUAAAAAUUCUGGGAUUUAACAACUGCUGGGUGGUAGCUGAUGGGUUUUCGGGAAGCAGAGGGUGGCUACAGAGCCGACUAGGAACCGAUACAUACAACUUCUCUUUGGUGGAGGUUGUGUCACCAUCCCGGGUUUUCCCUUCGGCUGUCAAACGUAUUGGUACAGCCAGCACAAAGUUCCUUCCUGGCGCGGAAUAAUCAUUUGUUGCCUUGUCAAAUAAGUAGAAAAGAAAUGCUUGAAUGUGCAUUCUUUGCUUUAGAUCAGAGAUCUCUGUUUGGAAUAAUCUCUUGUAAUUCUUUCAUUAAUGUUGCAUCUUCUUUCUUCUCA